GACCUUCCUCUUUGCGCGUCGCAGCCGAGGGUCCGCCCCCUGGUUCGACGCAGUGUGCUGUGACAGCGUGGGAUCAAAACUUCGUACAUUUCGUGAUUUUUUUCUUAUUUAAAUGUUGAUAAAGUUGAGUGAAACCAAUUUAUACCGACACUUUCCGUUGUAUAGACCGCCAAACACAUGCCAUAGAUGAUGUCUCGCGAAGAGGACCUAGUUCGGAUUGCCAAAAAACUGGACAAGAUGGUGUCUAGAAAUAACAUGGAUGGAGCUUUGGACCUGUUGAAAGAGCUGCAGAAUUUCAACGUGACUCUGAAACUGUUGCAGGACACACGGAUUGGCAUGUCUGUAAAUGCACUCAGGAAGCACUGCACGGAUGAGGAAGUGAAUGCACUUGCAAAGAUUCUGAUCAAGAACUGGAAGAGGCUCCUGGAAUCUGCUCAACACGAAAAGGCUGAAAAAUCAAAUGAUAUAAAAAAUGGAACAGAUUCCGCCAAACCACCUGGAAAGAUCUCAAGGGGGCCUUCGGAGGAUGAGCCCAGAAAGGACGUGGUGAAAAAUGGCACUCUCCACUCCACCCCUACCCCUUCCGCUCGACCUCCUCCCCUCAAUCCGCCUCCUCCGGCCCCGAAUCGACGCCUGGAGAUGAUGCGAGAGAGCAAAACGCUCAUGGACGAGCUGUUUCCUCCUCCACCCCCCAUUCAUAUUCCCAGGCGGCAGUCUGUGGAGGUCAAGAGAGAGAGACAUGAAAUCCCUGGCCUGGGCUGGGACAGCCCUCCAAGACCAUCUCUAGAUAUGAAGGAUGUUAAGAAGGACAGAAAAAAUGACAAUGGCAAAGCCCCAAGACCUCGUCGUCCCUCCUCCCCUCUCCGCUCUCGUCCAUCCUUCAAGCCUCGCCGCCUUUCCCUGGACAAAAAGAAAGAGAGGAAAAAAAAGCCUGAGAAAAAAGAACGGUCCCCUAAACCUUACACUCCUUUCAAGAUCCCCCCAGCCCUUGAGAUGAAAGAGAGGUCAGCCCACCUCCACAACACACCCUUGCGUGUGUGUGUGUGUCUGUGUGUGUGUGUGUGUGUGUGCGCGUGUGUGUGUGUGUGUGUGUGUGUGUGUGUGUGUGUGUGUGUGUGUGUGUGCGUGUGUGUGCGUGUGCGUGUGUGUGUGUGUUUGUGUAUUCAUCUUAUCAGCAACACUCUCAUCUUCUGUAUGUUUUCCAUUUUCCUGAGAAUGGCAUCCCCUGAAUGGUAUAACACGUGUGUUGUCUCUGAUGGUGGCUUGUUCAGAAAGGACCCACCAGACCCCAACGCUCCUUUUGCCCCCCUCCCCUUCCAUCUGCACCCCCCACCCAUGAAGAAGGAGAGAAAAGAGUCUACAGACUCCAACUCCCCCGUGGCUUCCUUUCCUUCUCCUCCAGUGAAGAAAGAGAAAGAGAAGCAAAAAGAGAAAGAGAAGGAGAAAGAGAAGGAGAAGGAGAAAGAGAAGGAGAAGGAGAAGGAGAAGGAGAAGGAGAAGGAGAAGGAGAAGGAGAAGGAGAAGGAGAAAGAGAAGGAGAAGGAGAAGGAGAGGUCAGCCAAUGUGUGGCUCAUGAUGUGCAUGCAUAACACAUGUAUUGGCAUGGUGGCAAAUUAUGGGCAUUUUACCACUCCCGAAAAAAUUAUGUUCUUUCCCGCGAAGCCCUCUGCCCCCCCACCCGCGAAGCCCUCUGCCCCCCCACCCGCGAAGCCCUCGACGGAGGAUGGGCAGGAGAAGAGGAAGGACAGAAAGGACUCGUCAGACUCCAAGCAUCACUCACAGAAGCACUUGUCUGGCCAUUCAAAGAAGGAGAGAAAAGAUUCAGGGGAUGGUAAACCUCCUAAAAAGCACUCUGUGGAUGGCAAAAAAGAAAGGAAAGACUCGUCGGAUUCCAAACACACGUCCAUGAAAAGGCCGAGCCUGGAUGGAAAGAAAGAAAGGAGGGAAUCCUCUGAGGCGAAGCCAGGUCACCAUGUGAAACGGCAACUGAGCGAAUCGAAACCUGAGCGACAAGACUCAUCCAGCUCAAGGUCUGGAAGCUCACCGCCUGCCAAGAAGCUCUCUGGAGAGAGGAGGGAGUCACAUGGCUCCAAGGCGCCUCCUCUCCCUGCCUUGCAAAGGAAGCCUUCCACUGACAGCCUAGACGGACGCAAGGGGAAACCAGACACCCCCAAGAGUCCGACUACGCCCACAAGUCCCAUGUCGCCGUCCUUCAGCUCCUCAGGGGGUCCUCUGUCACCAGGGCUACUUACAGGGGACUCUAUCCGGGACAAGUGCAUCGAGAUGCUGACAGCUGCACUACGCACAGACGAUGACUAUAAAAUCUACGGGACAAACUGCGAUGGCAUGGCAUCAGAAAUUGAAGACUAUAUCUACAAGGAGCUCAGGGCCACAGACAUGAAAUACAAGAACAGGGUGCGGAGCCGCAUCAGCAACCUGAAGGACCCAAAGAACCCCAACCUGCGCAAGAACGUGCUCAACGGAUCCAUCGAACUGACUCGAUUCGCCACCAUGACUGCUGAGGAGAUGGCGAGUGAUGAGUUGAAGCAGCUGCGUGACCACCUGACCCAGGAGGCCAUCCGAGAGCACCAGAUGGCCAAGACGUCAGGCACCACUACAGACCUGCUGCAGUGCGGCAAGUGCAGGAAGAAGAACUGCACCUACAACCAGGUUCAGACCCGCAGUGCUGAUGAGCCCAUGACCACCUUUGUGCUGUGCAACGAGUGUGGCAACCGCUGGAAGUUCUGCUGAUUUCAGGAUGGCACAUCUACCAAGACACUCAGAAGCCUUUUCAGAAGAAGAAAUGGAGAGACCUUUUGCUAUUAUUGCCAAACCGCUUGAAAUCUGUUGCUGACUUUUUGAGAUUUAUGAUUUGUUGAAUUUCAUUUCCGAUGGUGAUGAAUGUCUCUUUUUUUUCCAUACAGGGAUGUUUGUGUCACAUCCCAACAAGCUAAGUUAAAUCAUAUAUUUGAUAUGAUUGAUUUCAUGGAUUGAUUUAGAGUGAAUUUUCUAAUGUUGAUAAUGUCAUAAUGUUAAAUUAAAUAUAUUUUAAAUUAAAAAAACAAACAAACGCAAGGACGAUUAAAAUGCUGAGGCCAACAUCUUGAAGAAUACACAUCUUAGGUUGAAUUUCAAAGGUGAAAUUUCACCCACCCAUGAAAGAGAAAAUGUUUAUUUAUGAAGCAGCAGAGCCCAUUUAUCUUAAGAGUUAUUUGUAUCUUUGUAACGCCACAUUCACAAUCAUCAGCUGUGUAGGAGGAGGAGGAGGAAGUGCCCAUCUGUCCAGGUUACUGCAGAUAACACUGUAAGGACAGGGAGCAAUCAUUUUUUUUAUUACCUGCAAGAUUCAAAAAGCAUUCUCACUAGCAUGUUGCUUUCAGAAGACGAUGGACUCGUCCUCAAUACAAACUUGCUCAAUACAGUAGCAACUGCUUGGCCCUGGAAGCCCCGUUGUAUUCUCAUUCAUUAGUAUGAGUGGAAUUUUAGACUAGAUUGCCGUUCAGAAUUAACUACAUAAAACUUCCAUGCAGUGACCAUUUUGCUUUAACUUCGUUCACUACAUUUCGGUGUCAGACCUUCAUCAGCUUAAUUAUCAGGUCAAUGCACCUCACAAAGGUCUAAGACCGAAACAUUGUUAAUGAAGUUAAAGUGAAAUGAUCUGUGUGCAGGAGUUUUGUUGAGAUGUUGACAGACCGCUGGACCCAUUUAGCUUAAUUUCAUGCUCAUAACGAAGGUGCUUAAACAGUGUUUAAAUAGUUAUGUUUAGGAGUUAGGCUAUACGUACAACAUCACAUGCAACUGGUUGACAACUUUAUCUACUGUAAUAGAUGUAAUAGAAAGAUGGGAACAUGCAGUAAUAAUAAGCUUGCUUGCAACUGAGAACAAUACUUUUAGAGUAGCUCAAUACUUGGUUAAAUACAAUGGGCAAACCGAUGUUGUACACAUUUGUAUAUAUGACAAUUGGUUUUAAAUAAAAAAGCGAUAAUUGAGAGAUUAUUUCAUGUUUUUU